AUGUCUAGCUUAGGCUCAGGCGCAAGUGGCCAAGUCUUUCGUGCAAUCAGUCGGAAAACAAGCAAGCAAGUUGCUAUCAAGGUCGUUGAGAAUCAAUUCGCAUACGGGCAUCUCGUGAACGACGGAAAAAACGAGUACGAACUUCUGAAAAAGGCGAAUCAUAAUAAUGUCGUGAAGCUGCGCGCCAUUUUCAGCAACAGACGAGCUGUAUAUAUUGUCAUGGACUUAGCGAUAUGCGACGUGCAUAAGCUUAUUGGAAAUCACGAGCUUGCGGAGCUUGACGCGAAAGCCAUUGCGAGGCAAGCUUGUGAUGGGCUGCGGUACUUGCAUGACCUCAGAAUAAUACACAUAGAUGUAAAGCCCGGCAAUAUUUUGGUGUACUCCUUAAACCCGGCUCUCGUGAAAUUGACCGACUUUGGUCUGUCGCGGAUUGUCACAGGCGAUACCGCUCUACAGACACUUUGUAGUACUCCCGCUUUUGCUACACCUGAGGUCGUUCUUUGUGGCUACUCUUGGAGCGAGCACUACGACGAGAAAGUUGACGCAUUCUCUAUGGGCGUUACCAUCUUUAAUAUGAUCACUGCUCAGUUCCCUUGGAACGAUGUCUGCAUUCAGGUGGACCCUACGGGCGUCGGCCUUGAUCGCAGAGAACUCCGUUGGUGCGGAGAAUUAAGGGACUAUGCAAAGGACAUCAUUACUAGGCUUCUCGCGCGGUCUCCCAAGGAUCGUCUGGCCGCUGCUGAGGCUAUAUCGCACGACUGGUUUCAGGACGCCGACAGGCCUGUUCUCACAGAAAAGGCCGAAAUCAUUAAUCCGCUGGGUCUCCCGGCUAGUACACUUUGUAGUACUCCCGCUUUUGCUACACCUGAGGUCGUUCUUUGUGGCUACUCUUGGAGCGAGCACUACGACGAGAAAGUUGACGCAUUCUCUAUGGGCGUUACCAUCUUUAAUAUGAUCACUGCUCAGUUCCCUUGGAACGAUGUCUGCAUUCAGGUGGACCCUACGGGCGUCGGCCUUGAUCGCAGAGAACUCCGUUGGUGCGGAGAAUUAAGGGACUAUGCAAAGGACAUCAUUACUAGGCUUCUCGCGCGGUCUCCCAAGGAUCGUCUGGCCGCUGCUGAGGCUAUAUCGCACGACUGGUUUCAGGACGCCGACAGGCCUGUUCUCACAGAAAAGGCCGAAAUCAUUAAUCCGCUGGGUCUCCCGGCUAGUUUACUCUUAUCUCUGUUCACUCGAUUUUACGGUUCUGAUGCGUUGUUCGAUGUCCUCUCGCAUACAAUUAUGCAACAGAUGCCUGCCUCAGCCGCGUGUGUGCUACUCUGCAUGUUCCUCUGCAAGCACCCAGCAGUCCAGCCUACUCUCUCCUUAGAUAGGACUUAG